AUGGCGGGCGCCUUCCUGACGGUGGAUCCUCCACCAGAGAUCCACCAGCGACUGCUUCCCCCGGAAGCGAUUUGGGAGAAUCAGCAGCUGGGAUGGACCAAUUCCUGGGAAGCGACGCCCGAGUUCUCGGCCAGCUGGACAGAGAAGUUGGUCUUCGAGGAGAGGCCGCCGCCCUUCCAAGUGGUGAAAGAGCAGGACAAGAAGGAUGGUGCCGUAGGUGACUUUGAUUCGACCGAUCUCAAGGAGCUCGUUUACCCGUCGGAUCCACGGGCUGCACGCUAUGUGGUUCAGGUGGACUCCAGCACCGACUGUGAGGGAUGGAUCUAUGCGACCAAGCCCUCCAGGCUGGAGGCGCUGCGCCUGGGGGGCCGUGCCACCCAACGCCUCAACGACAAGAUGCGGCGCCGUGUGUGGCGCCACUGCGGUGCUGGGGCAUCCCCCACGAAGCCAGAGGCGGCGCCGGUGGAGACGACGCAGAACAACCAGAGCGCGAUGCAAAGCCUUUGGAAGGCGUUGGUGGAGGUCAUCGGCCGACGGAGCUUGUCAGAGAUCCCGGUCGACCCCACCGCAGUGAUCCGCCGGUCCCAUUAUGACCUGGAGAGAUACCAGCAGCUUUGCGAACGGCUCCUGCCGUGGGAUGAUGUGCCUAUGCUCAUGGAGAUGUUGGUGGCCGCCCUCUACAGCCGUGCGGCCUACGGCUACACCGGGCGUCGAGGGCUGUUCGAUUCCGUGGCGCAAGGCGCCUUCGUGUUUUCCGUGAGCCGCGCGGUCUUUGACUAUGCGGAGCACGUGGACGAUGCCUCGAAUGACCUGGCCUUUCGGGACAUGCUGGCAUUGUUGCCAGAGGACCUGGUGAAGACGCAGUGGAAGGGCAGCACCUUACAGCCGGUCUAUGUGCUUUGCCGAGACCAUGCCCUGCAGUGGAUCGUGGUGGCGGUCCGUGGGACCCUGUCACAGAACGACAUUUGGACGGAUUGCGCCGUGAGUAGCGUGCCCUUCCUGGAAGGCGCCGGCUUACGGGCGCGGCUUACUGGCUUGGCCUGCCGGACCGGACGUGCGCCGAAGACGGGGUGCAAGGUGAGAGCUUAA